CAGCAACCGCCUCAGCCUCACCACCAAGCCCUUAGUAGCAGUGAAGGGCGGCCUUGCUCUGCCCUCAACCAUACGUCCAAGGAGCGCUGGAGUGCAAUCACCCGCCCCGCAGCCUCCUCAGAGACCCCAUUAGCAGUUGCACCAUGCCAAUGACAUUGAGCGGUCCCCCCCAAGACCCCCCAUCAUGACUCUGCUUUUGUAGCUUCAUGAAGCCUUGCAUACUCGCAACCUGUUAAUGCGGCAGUAUGGAUGCUCACCUCCAGCCUUUCGUCCCUACUCUUGCUCCUUCACCCUUGUUCAUGAUCCCACCAGAGCUUCGUCUUUUGAUUUAUGAGUUUGUCUUCGGCUCUCCCCCCGAGCACGUUCUUGCUCCGCCGAGGUCGUCGCUGAACCUCGAGCCCCUCCUCACCUGCCGCCAGCUGUACGUCGAAGCGAAGCUUCUUGCUUUUGCCCACACUACACACAACAUCAAUUGGCUCCCCCGCGCCUCCCUCACCUGCCAGCGCCGUCUGCUCGUUCUUGAGCCCACACAGAUUGCCCACAUUCGCCAUGUGUCUAUCAACACGUCUGCUGCUGGUCUCUAUGAAUCCCUCCAGCCAUUCCGGUGCCAUUUCGAUCACAUCAAAUACCCUGCCCUCCGCCUUGACUCACUAACAAUCAUCCUCGACCUGCCGGAUACAAGUGCAACCACUCGAGAGCACAGGGUGCGGGAGCUCAAUAUGGUCUUGACAUCCAUAUGGUACUACAAGAACGUGAGAAAGGUGGUGCUCCUCAACGUUCUCCACAGAGAGGCGCUCAAUCGGCACCCAACGCUCCUAGGACGGUGGUCCUGCAUGGACUGUGACAAGGGGAUUGCCACAAAUGAGAUGCGAUGGCGCUUCGAGUUGACGAGCUUCUACGAUUAUGCCUGGAAGCCGUGGCAUAUAUACUUGCACGGCCAGGCCAGGCCAAACGUUCCGCACCCAGGCUCGCGCUAUGGAAUGCUUAGGAGGGGGUGAAUUAUCUCCUAGCUUGUUGAUGGAUUCUAGUGGAUUCUCCAAGCUAUAAACACGGCGAGGCACGACUCGACUUGGUUGUAGGCUGCCAAGCGGGCUUAGCAUCAGGGCUACCCCUUGAGCAUCCGGAUUCCAGAUUUGCGAGGGUAUUCUAUCUCCAUGCUACUCUGCCACCCCUGUCCUUCAAAUCUAUUUCGUCUGGGUUUCUUGAUAUGACUCUAGAAGUUGGCACCUUUACGAAACAAUGAGUCUCCAGAACACUGAGACCAAUCCUAUUGAAAUAGAGCCAUCCAUUUCACU